AUGGCCUCAAGAACUUUCCAGGAUGAUGACUUGUCAAGCCAAGACAACUCGUCUUUGUGCUCCCCUCACACAGCCCAUGGAAUUCCCCAGGAUAUGAAAGACUGGAGUAUGAACACUUCAGAAUCUCUCGAUCAGGCCAUGUCUUCCAAAGAAUCUCCCCAGGUGCAAAUGCUUUCUUUCUCGCUGUCUCAGCAGCUGAUGACCCCCACGGUCGGACCCAGUGAUGUGAUGUACACAGGCGUGGACUUCCCAGCAGUCUCAGACCUGCAUGAUCAUGAAAUGCCUCGGGACUUUUACUCCUUCGUGGAUCUUUCUUCCAUGGAUAAUGAUGUCUGCGUGCAAACGAGCACUCCGGAUGAUGCUCUGUCUGUUGCGCACAGUUCCCACACUGAGGAUGGCCAAUACAUUGCCGGUCACGAAUCAUGGAAUGCUAUGAUGGCUGAUGGCCAGUACCCUGGAACCACUCUGGAUCAACUCUCGUCAAAUCUCUUCCAGACCAUGCCGGUCUCUCCACCCUUGACCGAAGCUAGUAAUGAUAUUCCCAUCACCUCUGCUUGCUCCCACUCUGGAUUCCCAUCUUUCAUGGCCCACGAUGAUUCUUUCCUCGGAGACUACAGCACGUCACCCAUCGGCAACCCCAUCAUCAACCCAGCGGAGCCCUUGUUCCCCAACACAGCGCCUCUGAGCGAGAAGGACCCUAACAGGACCAUCAGGCCCUCCAAGCAAUCCCGCCGUGGAGCUCUGCCCGCAUCCCAAUCCCAGGUCAAGUCCGAGUCCGAGUUCUUCCCUCAGGUAAAGACCGAACAGGACUUCUUCCCUCCUCUGCCCGUGAGGGAGCCAACCCGCCAGAGAUCCAAGGACAGUGCCGAUGCCCGCAACCCGCGAGACCACCACUUCUACCAUCUGGCCCCCCAGAACGAUGGAAAGUACCACUGCCCAUACUCCGGUGGAGAGAAGCCAUGCACCCACAUGCCCACCACGCAAAAAUGCGCUUACCAUAAAUACCUGGACUCCCACCUGAAGCCCUACCGGUGCAAGCACGCCUCCUGCGUAGACAACAUGCUGCGUUUCUCCUCCAACGCAUGCCUCUUCCGCCACGAACGUGAAGCCCAUGGAAUGCACGGCCACGGAGAAUGCCCCCACCUGUGCCUGUUCGAGGGAUGUGAACGAUCGGUUCCUGGAUUUGGAUUCCCCCGUAGAUGGAACCUGCACGACCACAUGAAGCGUGUCCACGACUACGUCUCCUGCGAGCGUCCCACUUCCCAGCCCGGCUCCCAGCCCAGUUCUCCGGAGACCUCGCCCGGUGCUCCACCCAAGAAGAAGGAAUCUACCUCCUCCUCGUCGUCGUCUAACCGCAAGAGAAGAGGGGUCACGGGCGCCACCCCGGCCCCGACUAUGAAGCGCACUCGCUCUGUCCACUCCCAGGCUGGUUGCACCAAGGCUUCCCAGGCUUCUGCCCAGAAUGGCCAGCGUCUCCAGAACGCCGAGCGGAACUACUACAAGGUUCGCGCUCGUCUGGUCGAUGAACUCGCCAAGAUUACCCCCCAGGAUACCUCCAUGCAUGAGAAGGUCAACGCCAGCUUGCAGGAACUGUACACCCUUGGCCUGCAGUACCGCCACCUCGAGGCCGGCCAUGCCGUUACUCGUGUGCCAAAUGGACUCCCCGCGUGA